CUGAAAAAAUAAAAUAUUACCCAAUAACUAUUGCUCAAGUAGUAGUUGAUGCAUUAAAAGUAUUCAUGCCAUCACCACCAGUGCCAACCACAUCAAUAAGUGAAUCUUGUAAUCAUUAUUUUUUUGCAGGUUAUAAAGCAGCAAUUAUUUUUGGAUCAUUAUCUUUAUCAUACAGUUUAAAGCUACCAGAAAUGUUGCAAUUUGACCCAAAAGAUGGCUCAUUAUUUAUAUUAGAUAAAUUAUAA